CUCUUUGUAAGUGAUUCGCUGAAGCAAAGUGGACUAGCAGUGCCUUUUUAGCCAAAUAGAACGCAUGGAAUACGUCCAAUCAAAGAUUGUUCAGACGCACACGUGACUGAACAGGGAAGUCCGUGAUGUAGAGUGGACGGUCCUCUGUUUUAUGAAAAUUAUUGCCUGGGUCCAAAGAAACACGCUGCACAGCAUACCUGUAACUACUACAAAGAAAAGACUACUACAGCCGAAUAAGUCGCGUGCCUCACCAGAUGGUUUAAAAAACAAGCCAAGCCACUUUGAUGUUCAACUAUGGAGGACCUGCAAGACUUUGGUUCCUCUAGUGCAAGUGCUAAGACCAUUUCUGCUGAGCUCAAGGAUGAUUUUUACUCCAAGCUUGUCGCUGACUUCCUUGGUGCUCAUUACGGGGAGCUGUUGGAGCUGGACGAAAAGCCCUGGAAAAUUCGCAUGUUGAUUCAGAUUGGACUGAUGAGAGAGGAGCAAGAUAUUUCAUGGGUUGAUUUAAUUCAGUGGCUCCAAAAGAUUGCCCCAAUGUUUCAGUCGGCUGAUUUUCGAAGCUUGAUUGAGAGGAACACCACGACAGCUUUGAGCUUAACUGGAGGUGCCAGGCAGAAGUUUCUUGAUUCAGAUGUAAACUUUGAAUUUGUUGGACCUAUAUGUGAUAGUAUUGGAAUCGGAAGAAGAGAUUUACUUGAAAUGUCUGACUUUUCUGAUCGUGCAAAAUUAACUGCUCUCACAAAUGGACUCAUUCUCGAAUUGACAAAUUUUAUUUCACGAGAGAAAUUAGACCCGGUUGUCCUAGUGUCCUGGAUUCGUAACUUUGAGCCUUUAUUUUGUAGUGAUGGCAAGAUUCAAAGAGCCUAUAGGCUCCUACGGUCAAGUCUUAAGAAUUUCAGAAUACAGUAUCGCAACAAUCAGAGGAGCCGAAAGAGGAGCCGCGGAUUUCUGGAUGAGUUUCUUCAGAGUCCGUUUGAUCUUGCUCCUGAAGCUGAUGCAGAUGAUAUUGAAUACAGGAGGGUGGCAAUGGUCAAAGCACAUCUGAGGAAGAAACGGCGUAUUUCCAUGCAUAAACCUAACUCUUUGGUCAAGGAGGAGGAUGAGUCCUUCCGUAUUUCGCAGACAGAUAUGACUGUGAAAACUCACCCUGAACCCAAGCAAAUGCCUGAUUUGUUCAGUGUUAAAAACGAACAGAGAUCAGAGAGCCAUCAAAUACCAAUACGGUCACUGAAAGAUGACAAAGAAGACCCAAGAACCGACACGGGCGACAAUGUAACACUUCUGGAUAUCUCUGUGCUGUCUUGGCAAAAGAUUGCAGAAAUGAAUGGAGGAAAGAACGAAGCUGCCAAGAAGGUUUCACUAGAUCUGCUUCAAAAUCACUUCUCUGCAAUGCUAAAGGAAGAUGCUAAUCUAAGAACUCUCGAUGACAAAGUCAAAGUAAGCACACAUCCACUAGUGCCAGCAUUGCAUUUCCUGCGUUACAUCUGCCAGUUCCUUUUCGAACUCAUUGAUGUAAUUGACCAGCAAAUGAUAUCAUUUGAAAAAGAUAUAGUGUACACCAUGGGUGAGAAACUUGGACGUGACAAGCACCCCAGGUUUCGGAGUUUUGUCAACUUCGAUGAGAGUGCAGUGACCCGUUACAUACACAUGGCUUCGGAAAUGUUAUGUCCAAGCGAGGAGACCAACCCUAAUUACCGCAGGCACUGGCUUGCUUUUUGUCUUGAAAGAAAAAACCCUUCCAAACUGCCUAUUUAUAGGUCAAAUCGUAUCAUUAACUACUUUGAAGCAGCCGCUGGACUCAUUCACCAUCAUGAAGAUGUUGCUCUCUUUGUAUCUGACCUGCAGCUCCUGAAUGAUGACUCGAAUAUUCUGUUGGAGAGUGUCAAUGCUGACGCAAGUGAUGAGGCUUUACAGGCAUUGGUCUGUGUGGUUGCUGUUGUGUACCUUAAAGUCUUGGGACCCUUUUGGCAGCUUCUGAAGAGUGAUGGAGAAUAUCCUCUUUUCAGUAGAUAUAUCCUGUGCUUGUAUGAAAAGCUUUUGGAAUGGUCGCAAGAUGCGAGUUGCCUUUUGCAACCAGAGGCCUUUGUCAAUGUAUUCUUACAGGUUCCAAUGCAAGAGGUGACUUUUGGAGGAGUGUUCAGAUUUUGCCGUGAUAAUGCAGAGAACCAAUUCGGUACUCUGAUAAAAGCUUGCUUAGAAAGGAUGAUGAAAGCCCUCGCAGCUGUACUAGAGGACAAUCUUAAAGAUUUCUUACCUGGUGGUGAACACUGCAAAGAUCUGCCUUCGGAUAUAGCCGUUCAAAUGGCAAACUGCACAUUUUUACAGCUUAUGGGCGAGUACCCCUUUGGUCAUGCAUACCCAUAUGAGAAGAACAGGCCUGAUAAAACUCUUGGUCGGACAGAGGGUUCAGUUUCUGAAAAUGCAGAACAAGACCCUUCCUGGGAGACAGCAGAUGAACCUACAUCAGCAGUGGUCACAAUGUCACCUGCUAAAACCACUCAAAAACGCUACUCCAUCUUUGACGGAGCAAAUUUCAAUGCCGCCAAAAAAAUGAAGGUGUCUAGACUUAAGCAAAAAGCCCAGGAUCACAUUUAUAGGAAAAUGAUCAUUGGAGCAGUUUCAAAAUACGGUGGCCCAUGUAAAAGCAAGCAAGACGUUGAACGAUUGCUCACAAAACUAGAAGGUGCAAGCCAUGCUCAUAUACGUGAAGUCAUUCGCUGUGAGCUGAACUACCAGAAGAGCAUCUUGGGUUCCAGAGACAAAAAGCUAACUCGUAUAGGAUUCUCUUUGAGUGACAUGGUUUCUACACUGAAGGACGUCCUGCCAAAUGAGAGGGUUAUAGUUAUAUCACCGACUGAGAAUGCACUUGGUCACGCUGAGAUUCAAGAGACCCCGGCUGAAACAUCAUCCCUCGACCCCCAAAGUACAGACACUGGUCAACAAGAUAAACAAAGGCAUAGCAUUGAUAUAAAGAGAACAAAUGUUUUUGGCCCUUGUUACAGGGAGAACUUUGAGUUUCUCUGAAUGUGUUUUAACCUGAUAAAAAUGUUAAACAUGUUGCUAGCAUUAGUUGUUUUCACAUGUGGUAAAAAUCUUUGUUUUCAGAUGUUUUGUUACUAACAAACUUGUUAUUUUACUAGAAUAGUAGACUUUAGUUAAAUUGUUCAUUGUUUUUUAUUUGUUUUUCAUAAAAAGUUGCAUUACAAAAUAAAAAUGUUUGUAGCAAAAUGCUCGUCUUUUUAUUAAAUAAAAAAUCUACUACUACUACCAAUGAUAAUACAAUAAGAAUAUUAUAACAAUCAUUAGUGUACAAGUGUACACACAUGAAUUUCACACUUUUUAGCCAGUUACAUGUGGCUUCUAUAACAUUUCAAAGAAUCUGUAGCAUCACACAUUUGAGUACUGUGCUUUUAAGCAGAGUAAAUUUUACAAUUAAUGAAAAACUUUUAAAAUGUUUAUACAUAUAUUUAACAGUUUUUUUCAUAUUUAAAAUUGGCCAUAUUCAAUAUACUCUAUAUUGCUUUGCUGUAUAUAAGGGAGCACUUUAUUGGUUUUAAAUAAUUUGAUAUCAGAUGACAUCGUUUAGCAUGAGGAGAGCAAUUUACAUUGCCUAUUCUAUUCUUUCAAAUACAGUCAUAAGAAACAAGUGUACUAUGUAUAAUGAAAAACAUGGACGCUCUAACUUACUUGUGCCCUUU